AUGGUUGCUUUGGUCCAGAAGUCUUAGGAAAAUAUAUUAAAUGUUCUUUUUUUUUUACACAUCGCAUAUUUUUACAAUCUGCUUCUCAGGAAACGUAAGGAACCUUAGUCGAAUUUCAGAAUACCGUCGGGGAAGUUUUAUUUAGCCUUCAAAAGUCAGAUAUUCCCAUUCAUUUUAUUGGGUGCUCCAAUGUUUUGCCCUCAGCAUGCGCGGUACAGGCUUACUUCCGGGACUUCACCAGCUAGCGCAAUGAACUUCAGUGAGCUAACUGAAGGCGUGCUGGCUCUCUAAUUAAAUAUGCACGUCUGUAAACGAGCGGGUUGUUCGGUUGGUUCAAACUGUGUUGAUAUGGGUUGGUUGCACAGGCAGUAACGAAAUUGCUAGGUUGCUAGCGGACCACCGUUUGGUAGCGGCGGAACAGUAUACACUCCACUGCAACAAGGCGUGAUCCUGGCAAACUAAUGAAAAUAUCUUGGCCAAAUAUGUUAAGUUGUCGAAGACGUCACCAGAGCAUCUUGUUACCUUAGCUAGCGGUAGCUAGCUACUUGAUUGAUUAGCACCGUAUGUGCUAGAUUUCUAGCUAACGUUAGCUAGGAAGCUAACAGACGUUAGUGCAUGGCUGACUAGCCACCGCUGCAAGUAGAUAGUUGUUUGCUGGUUUGUUAGCUUUAUUGCAAGCAGGAAUUUAAGACUAUAAUUUCUCAGUUGGUUUGCACCGAAGUGAAGGUGUUGCCUUCCUGUGAGCUAGCUGGCUAGCUAGCAAACAAAACCUGUCAGAAUGGCUCACUGGACGGAUUUCGAAAAAGACAUGGAUAAAGAUGCCAAGCAAUUGAUAAAACACAUUUGUGGGCUAGAGGACGAAGAGGACCAGAAUUUUCAGAAUGCACUCAAAUUCGCCUGGUCAAACUUCAGGUUUCAUCGUUACCUCGAUGUCAACAGUCACAAAGUGCAGCGUUCUGUGAAUGGGAUUUAUGAAAAGCUUAUCGUUCACUCGGACUUAAGCAAAGCGCAGAGCUGGAUGAAGCUGACUGAGGAGUUCCUGAGCUCACCGUUACCCAACGUAGAGGGAACCAAGACAGAUGUUCAUCACAGCAUCCUAGCUUUGUUACUGUUUCUCUCGGACUCUCCGUCCAACUCAAACUACAGUGAGAGGCCCAGAAGGAAAGAGUUGGAGAAAGAAGAUGACUUUGACUGGGGGAAAUAUUUGAUGGAGGGAGAGGAGAUUGAAACCGGCCCCUAUCCAGAUACACCUGAAUGGUCAGAGGAGGAGAGCGAGGAAGAAGACAGUCAAAUGUCCUUCAGCAGAGAAGAUUCUGGGAUACAGGUGGACAGAACACCACUGGAGGACCAGGACCAGUCCAAGAAGACUGUGCAGGUCGGGUGGACAGUGGCUGAGCCCGAUGCACAGGAGUGGUUGGAGCAGCACGUGGUGACCCCAUAUUGGGUGGCUCAAGCCCCACGUUUCCCCCACAGUCUUCAUCUGCACUCAAACCUGCUCAACGUCUGGGACCAGCACUUAUACAACACUGACCCGCUCUACCUUCCAGAAGAGAAGUCCUUUGUCACUGAGACCCAAGCGAUACGGGAGGUUCUGUGGCUUCUGUCCGGGGUCAGGAAGUCGUUCAUAUUCCAGCAGCACGACGGGAAGGUGUCCGUGAGGGAGAACGUGGUGGUCACUCACCUGACCAGCAACUGCCUGCGCUCGGUGCUGGAGCACGUCGCGGCGUACGGCCAGGCUGUUCUCCAGCUGCAGAGGUUCAUCGACGAGGUGACGGGGUACAGUGCGGAGCCGUGCCCCCCCGGCACCUGCUCCUCCGCUAAGAAGGGCUCGGACCCCCCCUUCAGGACCUACCAGGCCUUCGUCUGGGCGCUCUACAAGUACUUCACCAGCUUCAAGGCGGAGCUCACCUCCAUCGAGAAGGGCAUCAUCGUCGAAGAUGAGACGGUGACUCUGUCGGCCGUGCUGGAGAGGCUCACCCCGCACCUCACCCAGAUCAAAGUGCUGCACCGGGUGUUCUGCACGGGCGUGGCCGAGGUUCCCCCCGGGACCCCGAACGUGGUGCGGGCCUCCCACCUGCUCAACACCCUGUACAAGUCCAUCAUCGAGUACGACAGCGUCGGGGAGGCCUCGGAGCAGACGGUGGCACUCCUGUUCUCUAUGUGGGUGGAGACCGUGCGCCCCUACCUGGACAUGGUGGACGAGUGGAUCGUUCACGGUCACCUGUUUGACCCGGCGAAAGAGUUCAUCAUUCAGAGGAACAAGGACGUGCCGGUGAACCACAGGGACUUCUGGUACGCCACGUACACGCUGUACAGCGUGUCGGAGGCGGUGGAGAGCGAGGAGAAGCUGAGCGACGCGGCGAGCGGCAGCUCGGCCAGCGACCAGGCGGCCGGCAGCCGGCGGCACACCAUGGUGUCCUUCCUCAAGCCCGUGCUCAAGCACAUCAUCAUGGCCGGCAAGUCCAUGCAGCUGCUGAAGAACCUGGACUGCAAGGACGGCGAGCCGACGCAGAACGCCGCCAGAGACGGGGAGAGGAAGAGCCUGCACACGAUGUUCCUGGAGUCCGUGCAGAAUCGCUUGCGCUGUGGGGAGGCGUCGCCCACGGAUACGGUCUCCCAGCAGCAGGACACCAAGCGGAGCCUGGUCCGGAUGCAGUCCAUUGUGGCCCGCCAAAUGGAGCUGGGUGACAUCCACGACCCCCUGCUGGCUAUUAACUUCGCCAGGCUGUACCUGGAGCAGAGCGACUUCCAGGAGAAGUUCUGGGGCGCUGACCUGACGGUGGGGCGCUCCUCGGAGUCUGUGACCUGCCAGACGUUUGAGCUGACGCUGCGCUCCUGUCUGUACCCGCACAUACAGCACCGCUACAUCCAGUGCUGCGGGAAGCUCAUGAGCACGCUCAAAAAGGACUACAGGCUGCUGGAGUACCUGCAGGCCAUGCGCAGCUACUUUCUGUUGGAGGCGGGCGACACCAUGUACGACUUCUACACGGCCAUCUUCGACAAGGUGGUGGAGAAGCAGAGCUGGCAGCAGCUGUCCUUCCUGAAUCUGCAGCUGCAGGAGGCUGUGGGACAGCGCCACCCAGAGGACAGUGCCAGGUUAUCAAUAUAUCUGGAAACCGCUGAUCCAGCCAAGAAAAAGCUUCCGGUGAACAGCUUUGAUGGUCUCACCCUCAGUUACAAGGUUCCCUGGCCCGUGGACAUCGUCAUCAGCUCCGAGUGCCAGAAGAUCUACAAUCAAGUCUUCCUGUUCCUGCUGCAGAUCAAGUGGUCCAAGUACAGUCUGGACACGCUCCGGUUCAGGGAUUUGACUGCGGCUGCGCAGAGGCAGGAAGGGUGCGCUGCAGAAGAGGGCAAAGCGAAACUGCCCAUCAGGCAGCAGAUCCACCGGAUGUUCCUGCUCAGGGUCAAACUCAUGCACUUUGUGAACAGUUUGCACAACUACAUCAUGACCAGAAUCCUGCACAGUACCGGUUUAGAGUUCCAGCACCAGGUGCAGGAGGCCAAAGAUUUGGACCAGCUGAUCAGAAUCCACUACAGAUACCUUUCUACCAUCCAUGACCGCUGUCUGUUCAGAGAGAAGGUGAGCUUUGUGAAGGAGGCCAUUAUGAAGGUGUUAAACCUGGUCCUGCUGUUCUCUGACCGCUGGCAGGCGGGCACUGGGGCCUGGAAGGUUGAAUCCAUUGACAAGAUGGAGUCUGAUUUCAAAAACUGCCACAUGUUCCUGGUGACAGUGCUGAAUAAGGCUGUCUGCAGAGGAUCCUUUCCUUACUUGGAGUCCCUGGCCCUGUCCCUGAUGGCCGGGUUCGAGCAGUGCUGAGGCUCAGCUGUGGAGAGCGAGCGAGCGAGAGAGAGAGAGAGAGACCAGUGUGACGUGGUCUGCUGGGAGACUGAUUCCAUGCGAUCUUCACUUAAACGGACACAUUUUCUUUCUCCCCGUGUUAAUGUUUGACAGUCCUGUGUUCCAUGUUGGGUGCCAUGUUGGGUUUUGCCCCAUGCCUGAUUUUUAAAAAUGUAUUUAUUUAUUUUUUUGUAUUAAAUAACACAAAUAUGUCGCAAUUGAGUCUGAGUCUGCUGAACGAAACGACAGUUUCGUUUUAAGUAAGUAAAGCAUCACGAGCAUUGUGGGGGAAAAAAACUGCGAUUUCAUGCCUGCAAUGUCUCUCCCCCAAUCAUAGGUGCUUUCACUGAGACGUGGGAACAGGGUCUAAGGGAGAUGUACAUAUUUAAUACAUUUGUCUUUGUAUUUGUCCUUGCCUUUGCUCAGAUUGUUUUGUGUGCUUCUUUCACAAGACAAUAAAUUUUGUCCUUGUUAUAAGAUUAAA